AUGGCUACACUUCAAUAUAAGUCUUAUGUAUUAGUAAUUGAUCAAUUUAGGAAGAAUGCCUUUCAUACUCUUAGAUAAAUAGAAUUAGAUUAAAAUAUCAAUCAGUAUUAAUAGACAAUCUUUAUUAUGAAUAUACAACUAAAAUCUAUAAGAAUUAUUCACUUCAAAUCAAUAUAGAUUAUAAUAUCACAUUAGGAAUGAAAUCUAUAAUUUUGAGAUUACCUUAAAAAAAUGGUUAACAACCAUUUAAAUUAUUAAAUUAAUUUGGAAAUUCUUAAAUAUUGAAUGAAAACUCAUCUCUAAAUUUAUAGAUUGAACAUAAAGAUGUAAUGAGUUUUAUGAUUGAGUCAAUAGCCUUAAUUUUUAUAAAUGAAUGCAAUGUUAAUAAAAUAUUAGAACAUUUAAUUUAGAAUCAUAAUUUUUGGUUAGUAAUGAUUGGAGAUUAACGUUGUUAGAUUUAAUUAUAACAUUUAUAAUAUGAUACUUUUAUAUCAUUAAUUGAUAGUUAAUUAAUUACAUUUUUAAAAAGUAAUUAAUUUAAAAGAAAUUUUAAAAUUGAAUUCCAAAUUCAUAAUUCAAGUAUUCUUUAAUUCAAAUAUUAUAAAAAUGAUGAAUUGAUAUAAAAUGAAUUAGUUAAAAAAUCUUUUUUAAUUUCAACAAAUGUUGGUGAUAAUUGUAUACCAUAUGGACAAAGAAUUAGUUUAGGAUAUUAUUAUACAAACUAUAAUAAAGAAGAUGAUAUUAUUGAUAUUACAUAUAAUACUUAAGUAAAUUUUAAAUUUAUAUAUUUAUAGUCUUAUUGUCCAUAGGGAUUUUUGCAUAUUUUUGAUGAAAAUGGAAUUGAUUAAUGGAUUAAAAUAAGAGAAACUAGAAUUUUGAAUAUGAGUAAGAUUUAUGAAAAUUCAAAUUAAUAAUUUACUUAUGUUACUUACAUAAAUAUAGUAUCUUUGAAUUCAUAUACAAUUUAAAAAUUUGGUUAAAUAUAUUAUUAUGAAAUAUAUGGAGAUAUAGAUUCAAAAAGUAAUAAAUAUUAAUUUAAAGUACCUUUAAAAUAAUAUGAUAAUAAAGAACAUAAGAUUAUAUUUUUUGGAGAUAUGGAUUCAAAUUGGAAUGGUAAUAAAUCAAAAGAAACAUUUGAUUGGUUUUAAUCAAUUUAAUAUAAUUAAAGUGAUUAUGAUGUAUUAAUAUUUGAAGGAGAUAUGGCUUAUGAUUUAGAAUCUUAUAAUUGUUAAUAAGGUGAUUGGUGGUUAAGAAAUAUGACUACAUUUACAUCAUAUUACCCAUUAUUAUCAACUCCUGGGAAUCAUGAUUCUGGAGCAAAUUAUGAAUUUGAUUAUUAUAGAAUGUCUUUUCUAUCACCUGAAAAAUCUUAAUAUAAUACAAGAAAUAAUUAUUAUAAUUUUUAUAGUGUAGAUUUGGGUUUGGUUCAUUAUAUAUUUUAUAAUCCAACAAAUAUUGUUUAUAAUGAAAGUAAUUAAUAAUAAAUAGAUGAAAUGGUUUAAAUAAUGGAGAAUGAUUUAAAUUAAGCUAAUUAGAAUAGAGAGAAUGUACCAUGGAUAAUAGUUAAUAGUCAUUUCCCUAUGUAUUGUAGUGACUCUAGUGAUAAUUAAUGUUCUUAAAAUUUUAUAGCAUUACAACCAUUUGCAGAUUUAUUUACAAAAUAUAGAGUGGCUAUAUAUAUGUCAGCUCAUUAACAUAAUUAUGAGAGAGAUGCUCCAUUUAUUAAUAAUUAAUCUUAAGUCAAUACAGGAUUAAUAACUGAUGGACCAUAAUAACAUUUAGUAAAGAAUUCUGCUGCUCCUAUUUAUAUAGUUGAAGGUUCUGCUGGUCAGGAAUAUUAUACACCAUUAGUUCCAUGUAUUAAAUUCAACAAUUUAUUUAGAUGAAAAUUAACCAUAUACUGUAUUUUAAACUGGUUAUAAUGAUGGAAUUGGUAUUAUGACUAUUCAUAAUUCAACUCAUAUUUAUUUUGAAUAAAUAGAUUUAAUCACAUAAUAAGUAGUAGAUUAUUUUUGGUGUGUUUAAGAUAGAUAAAUAAAUAGUAAUAAAACAUUAAAUAUAAUUUUAUGGACUUUAUUAGGAUUUUCAAUUCUUGGUAUUUUAGGAAUUGGAAUUCUAUAUUUAAUAAGAAGAUAAAAAAUUAAAGAGUAAUUAUUACCUUGA